AAUUCAAGUACCGCUGUAAUCCGCUUGGACUCCCGAAUGGUGGUGUUGUUUACGGUUGUAUUGGUAAUGUGCCUCCUCCGCGAUACUAAUUGAAAUGUUGGUACUAUCAGUGACUGAAAUAGAUGUAAGGAAGAUGGUAUGUAGUUUUUAUGCGUUUGCAAAUUAGUGGUCAAUUUUCGAUUAAUGUUCGGUGUAUAAUGGAGACUGCGUUGUACACAGCCUUGAAUUCCGUGAAGGUUUUGCGUUCGAGUGUAGGUGAAGUUUAUGAUACACUUGGAAACGGACUGAGAGCUGACCAUGGCGAAGAUGGGAAGGAUACGAAAUUCUUAUUUGAAUUACAAGAAUUACUUAGCACCGUGAAUAUUAAUCUCAGAGAUGUUGAGCAAGCAGUAAACAGCCUGUCACCACCUCCUGGUCCCUUUAACUUGGGUAACACUGCAUACUUAAGUCAGGAGAGUACACAGGAUAGGCAAGCCUUGUAUUCCCAACUGGUAAACAGCUACAAGUGGACUGACAAGGUACAUGAAUACAGUAGUCUUGCUGCAACUCUGCUCAGCCAGAACUCCCUGAAGAGGUCAUACAUAAACUCCAGUACUGCCAAACGUCGCCGCACUCAAACGAGCAGUCAUAAUGUUCCCGCUCAGGCUGUGGAUACUGUUAUCAAUACUAUCGACCGUUUAUUCAGUGACAUGAGUGUUACCAUCACCAGGCCAUUUGCCACCAAUGCUCUGUUGCAGCAUGUGCAUGUGUUGCAGAUCUCCUUGGGACGUGUCCUGAAGGCUGUAAUAGCCUUCAAGGGCUUGAUGAUUGAGUGGGUGGUAGUGAAGGGUCAUGGUGAGACAUUAGACCUAUGGACAGAAUCUCGGCAUAAAGUGUUUAGAAAAGUAACAGAAAAUGCUCAUGCCGCUAUGCUACAUUUCUCCUCUCCCACGCUUCCAGAACUGGCUGUACGUUCAUUCAUGACUUGGUUUCAUAGUUACAUCACACUGUUCAACGACCCGUGCAAGCGCUGCGGAAACCACCUCAACAGUUCCCUGCCUCCCACUUGGAGGGACCUCAGGACACUUGAGCCUUAUCAUGAAGAAUGCAAACCAUAGGCACUGUUGCAUCAGAGGACACAAGCUGUGAAAUUACAUAAUGUAUGUGUAAUCACAUUGUUUGUAUUUUAUUUUAUCAUUACAGUAAAAAUAACAUCUUAAUGACAUAGCUUACCAUUAACAGAAAAUUGAUACACAGAAAUAUAGUUAUGAGUCAGGAUUAAUUUUAUAAUAAGUGUAUUUCCUUUGAAUUUCCUUUCAAUUUUUGGAAAUAAUUAAAUGUAGAAUUCCAUUUGUGUAAGCCAAUGCAGGACUGCCUUUUGUACAUAUGUUAUCCCCAUUUCAGGUGCUAGGUUAUAAUUAAGAAAGAAGUUUUAUGGGGUAUGGUGGUGUAACAUCUUAUAAAGAGUGUAGGAAAUGUUUAACAAACCCUGGUGACUAUUUUUAGAAGUCUUUGUAUAAUAUUUUGUAAUAAACAAGUUGCUGAGUUUGAUGCCAGUACUCCUGAUAUAUCCAUUCCUAUAGCAAACAGCGGAGUCCCUAUGGACAUUACGGUCUGUGUUCGUACGUCACUAAACAGAAUGUUCAAAAUACCCUGUGACUGAAAUGUGAACAAAAAGAAAAUGUAAGAUAAUAUGUGUAAAAUCUUAGAUUAAGCUCAUAUCUAUGUACUUUAAAUAAACAUAGUGAGAUAAAAAUG